GUCAGUGUCAGUGUCACCUAUGUCACUGUCAAGUUAGUUGAACAAUAAUUUCAAGUUUCAUCAUUUCAAAGUAAAAUAUCCGUGCAAUCAAUAUUUUUUCUUAUUACGUUCGUUUCAUAAGACUGCGGCGGUCCGUGCGUGUAGUGUGGUAGUACAGUUCAGCUUCCUAACCUUAGGUGAACUCACGUUUACGGUCACCUUCUCCAAACGGAAAGUUUAUGUGAAUCUAAUACUACAAAAUUCUGCCUACUGAUCAUUAGAUUGUUAGGCGACGAUAACUUAUCCGUUUUAUUGUCUUCAUUAUCGAGAACUAUAAAUCGCGAGUGUAUAUAAUCUACUAGUGAAAUAGUUGUUCAUAAAAGUGCUACAAAACAUUAAUUCAGUUGAAGACUGCAAGAUGUCUGGAGCGACAAUGAAUGGACAUCAACUACCUGACGUGUUACCACCGGGCUACAAGGUGGAAGAAAUCGAGAUACCAGUUCCUUGGGGUCACGUUGCCGGACGAUGGUGGGGGCCACGGGACAAACAGCCAAUUAUCGCCAUCCACGGCUGGCAGGACAAUGCAGGCACGUGGGACAAUCUGAUCCCCCUCUUACCAGUCACAACCUCAGUCCUUUGCAUAGACUUGCCAGGACAUGGUCUUUCCACUCACUAUCCCAAAGGCAUGCUCUAUUAUAUCUUCUGGGACGGUAUUGUCCUUCUUAGGCGGAUAGUUAAGCAUUUCGAAUGGAGCAAAAUCACUCUAAUGGGACAUUCUCUUGGCGGUGCUCUCAGUUUCAUGUACGCAGCCUCAUUCCCUGAUGAUGUAGAGAAAAUUAUUUGCGUGGACAUCGCCAGUCCAGCUGUAAGAGAACCAAGUACUAUGGUCAAAGGAACAGGACAGAGCAUAGACAAAGUUUUAGAUUAUGAGAACUUACCUAUAGAUAAAGUACCUUGUUAUGACUAUGAGGAAAUGAUAGAUAUCGUCUGUGAUGCGUACAAAGGAUCUAUUUCAAGAGAGAACUGCAAAGUACUGAUGAAGCGAGGCAUGAUGCCGACUCCGGCACAUUUGAAAAAGAGGGGCUAUUUCUUUAGGAGGGAUCCUAAGUUAAAAGUGUCCGGUCUGGCGAUGAUGUCGAUAGAAACGGCUUUAGAAUACGCGUCCAAGGUCAAGUGCAAAGUCUUGAAUAUUCGCGCGUUACCUGGUCAAAGGUGGGAGAAGAUAGAUUAUUAUUUGAGUGUCGUGGAGAAGAUGAAGGCUACAGCAGAUGUCCGAUACGUAGAAGUAGAGGGAACGCAUCACAUUCAUUUAGAAGAUCCGGAGAAGAUAGCACAUAUUGUAGAAGAAUUUUUGGAGGAUUAUUAGUGUAGUAUAGCUUUAUAGCUAAUGUGAUAUUUUGUGAUGCGUCAUUGCGCUGUAGAUAGGUACAGUUUUUUUACUAGUAGCUAAUUUAUGUCUCAAAGCUUGAACACAUUAUUUAGAACUCCAGUGAUUUAUUACAAUCCAUAAUAUAAUAUGAUAAGUUGUAAAUUUUCAUUCUGAUUAUGAUUCGAAAUGCCAAAGUUACUGAAUUUGAAACUCUUGCACCAAAGUGCAAGGCGAGAUGUGAAAUCAACUUUAUUGUGAUCGGGCUAAGGGUUAUUCUGCAUUGUACUUUGGGCUUUAUAAUUUAUUCCUUAUUUAUUUAAUUUAGCUUUAAUAGGUGAGUGUUUGAGAAACCAGUGAAAUGUGAUUUUAAAAUUUAUCAAUAUUUUUGUGAGAGAACAAAAUGCUUUUAUUGUAGUUUUCAUAGAUAUUUAAACUUUGAGAACACAAUGUAUGUAUAAUAUAUUAGCUGCGUUUGUUCUAUAUUGUAACUAUA